AUGUCCGCGGGCGGAGACUUCGGGAAUCCGCUGAGGAAAUUCAAGCUGGUGUUCCUGGGGGAGCAGAGCGUUGGAAAGACAUCACUGAUUACCAGAUUCAUGUAUGACAGUUUUGACAACACCUAUCAGGCAACCAUUGGUAUUGACUUUUUAUCAAAAACAAUGUACUUAGAGGAUCGAACNCUCUUCCGACGUGUUGCAGCAGCUCUACCUGGAAUGGAAAGCACACAGGACAGAAGCAGAGAAGACAUGAUUGACAUAAAACUGGAAAAGCCUCAGGAGCAACCAGUCAGCGAAGGAGGCUGUUCCUGCUAA